AUGUUAACUGAACGAGUAAAUAAGUGGUCGCUGACGUUGCGAUGUAACAUACAAACCUUGGGUCACAGUGAGUUCAAGGCCUAUGAUUGUGGCAUCCAACCCCGUUGGAGCAAGAAUUCAUUACGGGUGAUGCUGAGAGCCCACGCUUGUGCAUUCCGGAUGAUGAAGAUCUCAGAAUCGUGUUAUUUGUGA